AAAGUCUAUCACCACUUGUGAAGCUUUUAGCGUUCAGCAUUUUUCGUUGUGAAGAGCUAGAGAGAAAGUAUGAAACCUUUGGUGUCUUGUGCCCUAUUGUUAGUUGUUUUUUCUGUGAGCUUUGCGCACCAUGAAGAGCUUUGCGAAAAAGAUGAUGAGCAGUUGAAGAGUGAACUCAUCUGCAUCAAACUACUGAUAUCGCAGGAGGCAAACAAAAGUUUUAACGACGCUAAGAAGGAUCUCAACUGCAAUAGCAGGAGCUGUGUCAUACGAAAGCUGUGCGAGGGAGGCGAUCUGAAUGCAGCCAUGGAGCAGUAUUUUACGGAUGAACAAAUACUGGAAAUUCACAACGCUGCCACCGCUUGCGAUCCGGACGCUGCUAAUGAAGACGACUCUCCAUAACAACAAAAAAGUAGCCCUUUAAAGUUUACGAGUUGAUGCUUGAUGGAAAUAUCUGCGACCGGUUUAUGGGACACCCAUCGAUCAGGACAGCAACAUAUUCUUCUAUAUUUUUAUUCUAAGUGCAUACAAGUUUGAGCGAAACAUUUCACUCUACUGAUAGAUAUUGCCUUAGCGCUCAUCCAGGUGACGUAAAAGAAAAUAAAUUGGAAGUCUUUAGUCUUUGUGA